AAGUCCCGCCUUAACAGCGUAUCUCUCAGCUACUGCUUCAUGACGUAGACCGCCUUCUAUUGGAUGUUUCUUAAAGCGGGAGGGACUUUCAGGAAGUGCGAAAACGUUUGGUCUCUUUUGGUUUUCUGUUUCUGUUUUAAAGCACUCUCUGCUUCGGAUAGUCUUGUUUUGCAAACUGUCAACACCCCCUCACCCAAAUAAAUCUUUUUUCCUACAUGUGACUGCUAAAAAGCCGAACUGUUGCCGUGGUGCUGUGUCACGCUGAGGUUUUUUCUGCUUUUUUAACUUCAGUUUCAAUGGCACCACCAAAGAAGUUGGCGCUACCAAAGCCACUUCCAGAUGGAUUUAUUUUGACAGACACAGAGAAAAAGAAAUGGAGGCUGGGGAGGAUCAUUGGACAAGGAGGAUUUGGACUCAUCUAUCUUGCCUCCCUGGAUGUGGACAGACCUGUUGCAGCAGAUACUGACUACGUCAUAAAGUUGGAGUACCACGAGAAUGGUCCCUUGUUCUCCGAGCUCAAGUUUUACCAAAGGGCAGCCAAAGUGGAGAGCAGGACUUCCUCACAGAGGCUUCGAAAACCUGAGCUGUUAUACUGGGGCCGUUCUCAAGUGCAGAAAUGGAUGAAAGGCAGGAAUCUGGACUUUCUUGGUAUCCCAACCUACUGGGGAUCAGGGCUCGCUGAGAAUAACAACCUCAGAUAUCGAUUCAUGGCCAUGGACAGACUGGGAACCGAUCUCCAGAAAGUUCUGGAUCAAAAUGGAGGGAUGUUUAAAAAAGCCACAGUUCUUCAGCUUGGUCGAGAACUGGUGACUGUGCUGGAGUACAUCCACGAGAACGAGUACGUCCACGCCGACAUUAAAGCUGCCAACCUGAUGCAGGGUCACAGAGACCGUGAGAAGGUCUACCUGGCUGACUACGGACUGUCCUUCAGAUAUUGUCCUGAUGGGGAGCACAAAGACUACAAAGAGAACCCCAAGAAGGGCCACAAUGGGACCAUCGAGUACACCAGCACUGAUGCCCACAGAGGAGUUGCUCCGUCCAGACGCAGUGACCUCCAGAUUUUGGGCUUCUGUCUCCUUCACUGGCUGUGUGGUUCUCUGCCCUGGGACCGUGUUCUGAAGAACCCAGCUCAGGUGCAGGAGGCCAAGACCAGACUGAUGGAUAAUCUCCCAGACUCCGUCCAGCAGCUGUCAGUGAGCAGGGACAGCGGCACAGAUGAAGUGGCCUCGUUCCUCCUGUAUGUCAGAAACCUCCGCUACGAUGAAGAACCAAACUACCAUCACCUCAGACAACUGCUGUGCCACACUGUGAAGGGAAGACCUGACCUGCACCUGCCUGCACGUCCUGCAGGGGCGUCGUCCUCUAACGUCCCAGAUCCUAGUUCCAAGGAAAAGCAGAAAGAAGGACGAGGCAGAGGAACUCCGAAGGCCAGGUUCGUCGCUGCAGUUUGUGAUGAUGACGAUGAAGAUGAAGAGGAAGAGGAGGAGCAGGAGAGAGGGAGGCCGAAACCAGCAGCAGCUCAUCACAGGAGUAGGCCUCGGUCAAAGAAGGAAGACGUGGUGCUGGAGGUAAGACGAUCCCUGAGGCCGCGGGCGGUGCAGACCUACAAAGAUUACAGUGAUGAGGAGGAAGAAGAGGAGGAAGAGGACAAUGAAAGUCAGGCCCGACCCAGACCCAUCGAUGCACGUUAUACGAGAGCCCCCCCUAUUGGAGCCCGACCGCAGUCCAAACAGGAGAACACCGAAAACAAAAGAACAAACAGGAAAAGAGGCGGUGGCGAGACUGUGACCUUGGUGAGACUAGAGCGAGGCGUCCAUCUGCAAAGGAAAGAGCGAGCGUUCCUGGGCUGCGAAUACAGGGAACAGUGGGAGGAGCAGCUUCACAGCCACAGACUGGGCUGCAGCCCACACGGUAUACAAAGCAGAUACUCGGGAAGACCAGCUGUCACAGGAGUGGGAUGGGAAGGUCGCCCGGGGAGGAGGGGACUGGUCCAGUGGUUGGUCUACGUAGGUGUCCCUCUUUUGUUGGGUGCUCUGGUUCUUUGGGAGUUUUGCUGAAGUGAGUUUCGACCUGUUACAGGUGUUGUCUCCUCUCACUGACGGUGGAACCAACUGUUGUGUGUCUGUUGACAAAGUUGGUUUAGAUUCUUUAGUUUAGUCCAGUUUAGACAAGUCUUGUCUUUCUCUCUGGUUCUCUGGGUGUUUUCUGCCAGAGUGGGCUGAUUCCUUCCUGCUUGGUUGUUUUCUCCAAUGGUCUUUAAUCACGACCAGCAGCAGGAGAUGGCUGCAGACCACGAGUUGGGCCACAGCCACGCUGCAACAG